CACRAAGCWUUUUUGGRAWUGAAGCAACAGGGACGAGAAAUUUCKAAUGUGUCAGAAGCCAGGCAGAAUUUCUCAACGUCUCAMAAUCAAUCACCAAAAAAACACUCGUGUAUUUCCAUUCAUACACCUCCAGUGUGAAGAUUGAUUCGCUYUCACAAUAUUGCACAGCCAAAACACGGUUGAAAGGUAGUGAGAAAACGAAGAAAGAAAACAUUCGCUCAUACAGAACAAAUAAAUCUCAACACAAAAAGUAAAAUCAUUCUGAAAUUUUUGCAAUAUCGUAUGAUGAUUCUAAAUCCAAACAUGUUGCRAGAUGGUAUCAUUCCAAUAAAGGGAUCUAUAGAUCUUAAGAMAUCAAAUGCUAUCACGACRAAAUUACAACAGAAAUACAAGUAUAAAUAUAAGAUGAACUUCGAUUCACAAUUGAAACAAUACAGUGGUAAUAACCUWUUGUUCGGUACUGAACUAGCAGGAAGAAUCCAAAGAGACGACCACKKYAAACYUUCGCCUUCAAGCUCACGKUCUCUCGGCAGCCUGGAUUUUUCGCACUCCCCUCUUUCCCAGGGGAAGAGCAGCGACUUCGGUGGGUCCGUUCUUGAUCUGAGUCCCAAGCCAAGUGAGGCCCGCAAUCGCCAACGAAGUGUUUCGGACUUGACAGCGACUCCACCGCGACAUGCAAACACAGCCAAAAUUCCUACACACUUGUUUUCGCUUCACUCUCCAACGAAGACCGACAGCAGAAACGAUAGUACAAUGAGAAUACCUCUACCGUAUUCGUUUCCAAACCAUCCAUCCCCAMCGACAUCUCCAAAGCUGCUGAAAGCAUUAAACAACGCGGAACAAGAAUACAGAAUGCUUCUUCRACAUUCUGGAGCAAGGAUAGGAAGCAACUAUGGGACCUCACAGUUUGCUGGUCGGCAACAAAAACUUAAAGCUCCACUAUCUUCCCUGCCAAGUUCAAUCACAACUUCCAAGAUGGAUAAUUCUUCCGAGUCUGGAAGACCCAAAAGGGGGAGAUAUGAUGAGCCCCAUGACCUCUCGAAGUUGUCUCCGCUCAAAAAACGGAGAUUCUCUAAUCCAGUUCAACGACGUCUCGUGGACCUAGAGCUGAAGCGAAUCCAAGCUCAAGAGCAGGAAGCAAAACAKCACGAACCUCAAAACAACCUACCGAGAAGGAUAUCGAUGACUGCACCAAAUUUGCUGAUGAAACUCAAGCAUUCCUCGAGAACAAACAUUUCGGAYUCGGGGAGUAGCAUUGGUCUUUCGACUCCUCGAAGCCCACAACUAGCUGCCACCUCAAAAAAUCAUCUUGAAAUGAAACAGAAAUACCUCAAAAGUGCGGAUGCGAAUCUGAAGGCURCAAGCCAAUGGUCGAAACCCAAAGUGAAUCGCACAAAACCUGCUGCCAGUAGUAGCAACAAUUGGGCUGGAACGCAGAAAAUGGUGUUUGUGACCAGUGGAUUCCCCUUGCCACCAUUGAGCAACACUGGUUCUGCGAAAGAAAAAUCGAUUUGCUCAACCGGCCUCMUUCGAAACAGAGUAAAGGCCAACAUUGAUACCUUUAARGAUUUCAACCGAGACAACAGCAGCAAGAGGUUUGWUKUAGAUAAGGYACCUUCGCUGACAUCGUUUGGUCGCAAAUGGRAYCAAAUGGCCAAMCGAAACGUGCACAUUAACGAACACAAGAUAAGCAAGUCGGAACAGGAUAUGCUGCUGCGUGAGUCGUUUGGCAGGGCAAUCACACGUCGGCCAGACGAAUAUAUGUCAAGAAAAUAUAGACGCUGUUGAUUAAUUUUCAUAUUGUAAAAUGCUUUAGGGAGAGUCUAGUAAAUGGUAAUGGUUACC